AACCUUAACAAAAUGGAAAGCUCAAAGUGUUCUUUAAAACACUGUAGAUCGCUUGAUUUGUGAUCAACGUGGUCUUUUGUGAGAUUUCUAGGGUUUGUGGUGGAAUGGGGUUUGUGGAUUUUUUUGUUUUAUUUGUUAUAAUUCUUUAAUUGUUCAUUAAUGUUGAUCUGAUUUGUCAGUUUGAUGCAGGUUUUUCUGUCCUUCGCCGCCUGACACCUCCCUUUUUGAAUUAAUCUUUGUGGCGCUUAAAAUGUUCCACGCAUUACAAUUUUUGUUGUUUUUGCCUAUAAAUACCUGUUUUCUACGUUUGUCUAAUUCACCAUUCCAGCAUAUUCUGCCUUACUUUCCUGUUUUCUCUUUAAUUGAUAAUUGUUUUAUUGAAUUUUGACGCUAUGAAUACUGCUUUCGAUAUGCUUGGUGUUGUUAGUCCUGGAAGGGAAUCAUGGCGCUUUAAGGUGCGUGUGCUUCGUCUCUGGACUACUUCGUCUUUCCUCCAACCUGAAGUGGUGAACACACUUGAGAUGGUUCUCAUUGAUGAAAAGGGCGUUAAAAUUCAUGCCAGUGUUCGUCGCCAGUUGCUAUAUUUAUUUCAGUCUAAAAUUAGUGAAGGAAAUGUUUACAAGAUGUCAUACUUUACUGUUUCCCCUGCUUCUGGUUUUUACCGAACCACUCCUCACCCCUAUAAGCUUGUGUUUCAAUUGAAAACGAAGGUUCAAGUUUCUGAAAGCAACAAGAUUGAUCUGUAUGGAUUGUCCCUUACCAAGAUAUCUGAUAUCCACAGUGAAGUAGCUGCUCCUGAGUUUUUAGUUGAUGUUAUUGGGGUGAUUACUGGAAUGUCUGCUGACAGGGAAUACAUUCGUGAUGGAAAAGUUGUUAAGAUGAUUGUGUUUGAGUUGACUGAUCAGAGUGGAAAAUGUGAAUGUGCCUUAUUUGGUGAUUAUGUCCAUUCACUUCAAAGUAUGCUCGGAAAGGCGCAUAAUGGGUUGCCGGUUGUUGUAGUUCAAUUUGCGAAAAUUAAAACUUUCAGAGGGAGUAUAUCAAUUCAAAAUAUUAUAAAUGCUACAAGGCUAUUUGUUAAUCCUGCUAUUGAAGAGGCUGAUGCAUUAAAAAAUGGGAUUGCUGCUAAUGGGAUUGAAACACCCUCAACAAUUCCUUUGCUCGGUGCUCGAGCUAAACCUUCAUAUGAGGAAGAUUUUCUGUUGAACUAUCCCAAAAUAACUAUAGCUGAGUUGGUUGAAAAGGCUGAAGACGGUGUGUAUGUUGUAUGUGCUGUUGUCGAUGGUCUGGUCGAGGGUGAGGACUGGUGGUAUCCAGCUUGCAAUUGUCAUAGGAGUGUGGUUGCUGAUUCUGGUGCCUAUUACUGUAAAGUUUGUGUCAAGCAUGUUUACCAGAUGUUUCCCAGCUUGAAAUUAUGCAGGUACAAGGUUAAGUUUCGUGUUGCAGAUUCAACUGGAAAUGCUGUUUUCGUUGUUUUUGACAGUGACAUGCGAUUGCUUAUUCAUAAGGAUUGUAGUGAUGUGGUUGCUGCCUUCAAGCCUGAAUCAUCAAUUGAGUAUCCUACUGAUUUUAAGCUGCUCAAAGGGAUGAGGCUAUUGUUUAAGGUUGAAAAGGUUACAAAUGCUUUUGAGCAGUUUGAUGUUUCAUAUAAGGUUAAGCGUGUGUGCAAUGAGCUAUCUACGAUUGAGGCUUUUGGUGUUCCGGAAGUGACCAACAGUCCUACCAGGGUGUUGUCAAGUGGUUUUUCGGAAUCUGAAGACGAGUCUGAUAUGGAGCAUGAAUUUGUUGAAGAUUCUCUGAAUCGUGAUAUUGUGGUGCAAGGUGAUGGCGACGCUGGUUGUGCUGGAUCGUUGGAAGCUGUUCAUGUUAAGGAUUCCGUUGUUGAUUCGGCUGGUGAAGUUAUAAGUUUGGACGAUGACUCUGAUGCUGGAAUCACAGAGUUUGUCUCUGCUGCAUCUAAGCUUGCAAAGGAUGCAAAGUUGUUCGCUGUUAAGAGAAACCUGUCUUCUGCUUUUGCGGAGUGUAAUGAUAUAGGAGAAUCAAGCAAUCCAUCAAAGUGUUUGAAGACUAAGGAAGAAUGAUUUGUGCUGAUGGUGGUUUUUAGAUGUUUUGUUGUUGCAGUUUAAUAUGUAAUCCAUUGUGUUUGUUUGUUUUGGUUGAUUGUGUUUUGUUUCUUAGAUUUGAAUUUGAAUUCCCUAAUUGUUGUUGCUGUAAUUGCAGUUUCUGUGAUGCAAGCAACAAUUUUAGUUUCUUCGUUUUGAAUUCCCUAAUUGUUGUUGCUGCAAUCAAACUUGCUCUGAUUCAAGCAACAAUUUUAGUCAAUGUGUAAUUUGUUUCUAAGUUAUUUGAAUUGAAUAUGAAGUAAUUUGUUUAUUAUA